AUGGAGGAAUUGAAUAUAGAUUUUGAUCUAUUCAAGAAGAGAAUCUUGUCCCUUCAUUCUCAGUAUAAAAGUUUUGAAAAUUCGCCAAACUCUUUGCUGUUUGUUUUUGGAUCUUCGAAUGAAGAGAAUCCCUACCAAAAGACAACUAUAUUACACAAUUGGUUGUUGAGUUACGAAUUUCGAGCCACGUUAAUUGCGUUUCUGCCACAGAAGAUUGUAAUUAUUACAAGUGCAGCAAAGGGAAAACAUCUACAAAAAGCUCUCGAUCUUUUCAAAGAUGAGAAAAUUAAACUAGAAAUCCGGGAAAGAAAUAGUAAGGACGCUGAGCAUAACGCCAAAUUGUUCAUUGAUGUUAUCGAAGAGAUUAAAAUUGCGGGCAAGAAUGUAGGAACACCAGAGAAAAACUUCUACCAAGGUAAAUUCAUGACUGAGUGGGCCCCGUUAUGGGAAAAAGCCGUGAAAGACAACGAAUUCAAUAUAUUUGAUAUUUCGCUAGGCUUGUCUAAAGUUUGGGAAGUAAAGGAUGAGAUCGAGCAAAGUUUUAUAGCUGUGGCCAGCCGAGCAUCUGAUAAGUUCAUGGAUGUCCUCGCUGAUGAAAUGGUAAAUGCCGUGGAUGAAGAGCUAAAAAUCACAAAUGCACAGCUCUCCGAUAAGAUAGAAAAUAAAAUCGAUGAUAUGAAAUUUCUGAAGAAGAUCACGGCAGAUUUGAAGGGACUAUGCCCCGAUACACAUAAAUUCAACAUAGAUCUUUUGGAUUGGACAUAUUCACCAAUCGUUCAAUCAGGUGCCAAGUUCGAUUUAAAAGUUUCUGCACGUUCUAAUACUGAUCAAUUACAUGGCAGUGGCAGCAUUUUGGCUUCCUGUGGUAUUCGUUACAAUAAUUACUGUUCUAAUGUAACAAGAACUUUUCUGAUCGAUCCAUCUGAAGAAAUGGUCAACAAUUAUGACUUUUUGCUAGAGCUACAGAAAGAAAUUGUUACCAACCAAUUGAAAGUCGGUCGUGUAGUAAAAGAUGUCUAUAACUCGGUGGUUGAAUUUGUCCAAAAGUUAAGGCCCGAUUUGGCUAGUAAUUUAACAAAGAACAUUGGCUCGAUAAUUGGUUUAGAAUUUAGAGAUUCUACCUUCAUUUUAAACACCAAGAAUGAGACUCGGACAAUUAGGGCCGGUGAUUGUUUUAAUAUCACAUUCGGUUUCAACAAUCUGAAGGACUCUAAGACCGGUCAAAGUUAUGCCUUGCAACAAGCAGAUACUGUAUUGUUAGGUGUGGCGGGCGAAGAAUCACCCAAAUUUUUCACCGAAUGUGCCAAGUCUAAGGCGCAAAUCUCCUUUUACUUCAAUAAUGAGGACGAAGAAAAUGACAAAAAACCGUCGAAGAAACCCGUAAAACCAGAGCCAAAUUCUAAAAUUUUAAAAACUAAGCUUCGUGGUGAUGCUCGAAGUGACUCAAUGGAGACGCAGAAAGAGCAGAUAAGAAAGGAAAAUCAGAGGAAACUUCACGAAAAACUGCAGAAAGACGGUCUUGUGAGAUUUAGUGCCGCUGAUGCUACUGGUGCAGGUACUGAGCCGCGUCAAUACUUUAAAAAGUACGAAUCCUAUGUUAGAGAUUCACAGAUUCCAUCUAAUGUAAAAGAUCUGAGAAUACACGUUGAUUGGAAAAGCCAAACUAUUAUCUUACCCAUUUAUGGUAGACCGGUUCCAUUUCAUAUCAAUUCUUACAAGAAUGGUUCCAAAAAUGAGGAAGGAGAGUACACGUAUUUACGUCUAAAUUUUCAUUCCCCAGGUUCAGGAGGCAUCUCAAAAAAAGUUGAAGAAUUGCCGUACGAGGAUUCGCCAGACAAUCAAUUUUUCCGCUCAAUCACCUUGAGGUCGAAGGAAGCAGACCGCAUUGGCGAUGCAUUCAAGCAGAUUACUGAUUUAAAGAAAGAAUCAACCAAACGUGAGCAAGAACGCAAGGUACUUGCGGACGUCGUUCAGCAAGAUAAAUUAAUUGAGAAUAGGUCUGGUCGAACCAAAAGACUCGAUCAAAUUUUUGUCAGACCAAGUCCGGAUAGCAAACGUGUACCCAGUACGGUUUUUAUUCAUGAGAAUGGUAUCAGAUAUCAGUCUCCAUUAAGAACAGAUAGCAGAAUAGAUAUCCUUUUCUCAAACAUAAAGAACAUCUUUUUCCAAUCUUGUAAGGGAGAAUUGAUUGUUAUCAUCCACAUACAUCUGAAGAAUCCUAUUCUUAUGGGUAAAAAAAAGAUACAGGAUGUCCAGUUUUAUCGUGAAGCCUCUGAUGUGACAGUGGAUGAAACUGGAACUGGCAGAAAAUCUCAAAUGAAGUUCAGAAGAUAUGGUGAUGAAGAUGAACUAGAACAAGAACAAGAAGAGAGGAGAAAACGUGCAGCAUUAGACAAAGAGUUUAAAUAUUUUGCAGAUGCAAUUGCAGAAGCGUCCCAUGGUCUAUUGACUGUUGAAAGCACUUUCAGAGAUCUGGGAUUUCAAGGUGUGCCAAGUAGGUCUGCUGUUUUCUGUAUGCCGACAACAGAUUGUUUGGUGCAGUUAGUGGAGCCUCCUUUUUUGGUUAUAAAUCUAGAAGAAAUUGAAAUUUGUAUUUUAGAAAGAGUUCAAUUUGGGCUGAAGAAUUUUGAUAUGGUCUUUGUAUACAAGGAUUUCAACAAGCCAGUGACGCAUGUCAAUACCGUUCCAAUCGAAUCGUUAGAUUUUCUAAAACAGUGGCUGACCGAUAUGGAUAUUCCAUAUACAGUUUCUUCCAUCAAUUUGAACUGGAGUACUAUAAUGAAAUCGUUGCAAGAAGAUCCCCAUCAAUUCUUUCUCGACGGUGGGUGGAGUUUCUUGGCUAUGGGCUCUGAUGAUGAAGCAUCGGACGAGAGUGAGGAAGAAAUCAGUGAAUAUGAAGCAUCUGAAGAAGAACCAGAAGACGAAAGUGCUCUUUCUGAGGAAGAUGAAUAUUCUGACGAGCAGUUCAGCGACGAAGGUAGCGAAGUUGAAAGUGCAGACGGCGAAAGUGAAGAGGGCGAAGACUGGGAUGAACUAGAGCAAAAGGCAGCUAAGGCCGACAGAGCAAGUACAUACAAAGAAUAA